AGAAAAACAUGUCAAUUCAUGGAACAAGCUUCACUAUGAAUAAUAAAUGUAUUUCACAUGAAGAACCCCUCAUAGGGGAGAAAAGGUAUAACUGUAUGCAGUGUGGAAAGAGCUUCAGGCAAAGGAGGUACCUAAGUAAACAUCAAAUAACUCACACAGGGGAGAAACCAUAUGAAUGCCUGGAAUGUGGGAAGAGCUUCAGUUGGGGAGAUCAACUUAAUGACCAUCAAAGAACUCAUACGGGAGAGAAGCCAUAUAAGUGCAUAGAAUGCGGGAAAAGCUAUAGCCGAAAGAGUGCCCUACGUUUACAUCAAAGGAUUCACACAGGGGAGAAACCAUAUAAAUGCUUGGAAUGUGGAAACAGCUUCACUUGGAAAGAUCAACUUAGUUCCCAUCAAACAACUCACACAGGAGAGAUGCCAAAUAAAUGCACAGAAUGUGGGAAAAGCUUUAGUCGAAGGAGUGCCCUACAUUUACACCAAAGAACUCACACGGGAGAGAAACCAUAUAAAUGCUUGGAAUGUGGAAAGAGCUUCAGACACAGCGGUAGCCUAACUGCACAUCACAGAAGUCACACAGGGGAGAAACAAUAUAAAUGCCUGGAAUGUGGACGGAGCUUUAAUCGCAGUGAUAGUCUAAGAACACAUCAAAGAAUUCAUACAAGGGCAAAAUCAUAUAAAUGCAUAGAAUGUGGAAAUGUCUUUGGUUCCACCAGUAGCUUAAAUAAACAUUGGAGAAGUCACACAGGGGAGAAAUCAUAUGAAUGCCUGGAAUGUGGACAGAUAUUCAGUCAGAGCAGUUCCCUACGUUUACAUGAAAGAACUCACAAAGGGGAUAAACCAUAUGAAUGCAUGGAAUGCGGAAAGAGAUACAGUAAGAAUUGGUACCUUAGAGCCCAUCAAAGAAUUCAUACAGGGGAGAAACCAUAUAAAUGCCUGGAAUGUGGAAAGAGUUUCAGGUUCAGCAGUUCCCUAAGGUUGCAUAAAAGAAUUCACACUGGAGAACAACCAUAUAAAUGCAUGGACUGUGGGCGGAGCUUUAAUCACAGUGGUAGCCUGAGAAUGCAUCAAAGAAUUCAUACAGGGAAGAAAUCAUAUAAAUGCUUGGAAUGUGGAAAGAACUUCAGCCACAGCAGUAGUCGAAAUGCACAUCAGAGAACACAUAGAGGGGAGAAACCAUAUGAAUGCCUGGAAUGUGGUAAGAGCUUCAAUCAGAGCAGUUCCCUACAUUUACAUGAAAGAAUUCACACAGGGGAUAAACCAUAUGAUUGCAUGCAAUGUGGAAAGCGCUUCAGUCAGAGAGCUCACCUUAGUUCCCAUCAAAGAAUUCACAGUGCAGAAAAACCAUAUAAUUGCACGGAAUGUGGACUGAGCUUUAAACGGAAUGAUAACCUGAGGUUACAUCAAAGUAUUCACACAGGGGAGAAAUCAUAUAAAUGUUUGGAAUGUGGAAAGAACUUCAGUCACAGCAGUAACCUAAAUGUACAUCAGAGAACUCACACAGGGGAGAAACCAUAUAAUUGCAUGGAAUGUGGGAAGGGAUUCAGUCGGAAAGAUUACCUUCGUUCCCAUCAAAGAAUUCACACAGGGGAGAAGCCAUAUAAAUGCAAGCUCUAUUUUGGUGUGGACUAA